GCGCGAGCGAGCUUCUUACCAUCUUAUCUUCCACGUUACACACUAUUUUGUCUCGUCUGUUACAAGAAUCCUGCCCCGCCAAUUUCCUUCCGAACAAACGACGCCAUCCGGUAAUCUCUUGCACGGUGGCGCACUGCUUACCUCCGCCGUAGGGGAAUGGUGAAAUUUGAUCGGAAAAAAGUGGGCCAGGCGGUCAUGAGCCUUGGCGGGAACGGUGUUGGCCAAGUUUUGGUCGCCAUGGUGGCGACUCUCCUUGUCCGUCAUUUCUCUGGACCUGAACCUGCUCUUUCGCCGGACUACGACAUCGAGCUCGAGGACGGGGAGAAGGAGGAUGGAGACAUUGAACUCGGUGAAGAAGCUCCAGUUUCCGGGAAAGUUAUGCCGGUGAUAAUCCGGUGGUGCAAUAUCUCGUGCUCUCUCUCGGAGAAAUCUUCUAAAUCAGUGAGAUGGCUGCUUAAGAAUGUUAGUGGAGAAGCGAAACCAGGAAGAUUAUUGGCAAUAAUGGGACCGUCAGGUUCAGGAAAAACAACCUUGCUCAAUAUUCUGGCCGGUCAGCUAGCGGCUUCACCACGGUUACAUCUCUCAGGCAUUAUAGAUUUCAAUGGAAAUGCUGAUUCAAAUAAGAGAGCUUACAGGCUGGCAUAUGUGAGACAGGAGGACCUCUUUUUCUCACAGCUAACUGUGCGAGAGACACUGACACUUGCUGCUGAACUUCAGCUCACUGAGAUACCUUCUGUAGAAGAGAGAGAAGAAUAUGUUAACAAUCUGCUCUUGAAACUAGGAUUGGUAAACUGUGCUGAAUCAUGUGUUGGUGAUGCAAGAGUUCGGGGGAUCAGUGGGGGUGAAAAGAAACGCUUGUCACUUGCUUGUGAACUGAUUGCCAGCCCAUCUGUUAUAUUUGCCGAUGAACCUACAACAGGACUUGAUGCAUUCCAGGCUGAAAAAGUGGUGGAGACACUGCAACAACUUGCGAAGGAUGGGCACACUGUAAUCUGCUCCAUACAUCAACCAAGAGGUUCUGUGUAUAGAAAAUUUGAUGAUAUCAUACUGUUGACAGAGGGUGCUCUUGUCUAUGCUGGUCCUGCUCACGAGGAACCUUUGGAAUACUUCUCUAAAUUUGGGUAUAAUUGCCCGGACCAUGUGAAUCCAGCUGAGUUUCUGGCAGAUCUUAUAUCAAUUGACUAUAGUUCUGCUGACAGCGUGUACUUUUCUCAGAAGAGGAUCUGCGGUCUUGUUGAAUCAUUUUCACGAUACUCUUCAACAAUCUUGUAUGCAAACCCAAUUGAGAAAAGGCAGGUCUUGGCUGGUGAAAAUUUCAGGACAAGUAAGCUUUUGAAGAAAGGAGGUUGGUGGAGGCAAUUCUGCUUGCUCCUCAAGCGGGCAUGGAUGCAGGCUUCUCGGGAUGGACCAACAAAUAAGGUUCGAGCACGAAUGUCCAUUGCAUCAGCUAUCAUAUUCGGUUCAGUCUUUUGGAGAAUGGGAAGAUCUCAAACGUCAAUCCAAGAUAGGAUGGGUUUGCUUCAGGUUGCAGCAAUCAACACUGCAAUGGCUGCUCUCACCAAGACUGUGGGUGUUUUUCCAAAGGAACGUGCAAUUGUUGACAGGGAGCGUGCAAAGGGAUCUUAUACAUUAGGCCCAUAUUUGCUUUCUAAAUUGUUGGCUGAGAUUCCAAUUGGAGCUGCUUUUCCACUGGUAUUUGGGACUAUUUUGUAUCCCAUGGCUCGUCUUAACCCAACCGCAUCAAGAUUUGGGAAGUUCUGCAGUAUUGUCACGGUUGAAUCUUUUGCUGCGUCUGCCAUGGGGCUCACUGUAGGGGCUAUGGUUCCGAGCACGGAAGCAGCAAUGGCAGUGGGACCCUCACUCAUGACAGUUUUUAUUGUAUUUGGUGGCUAUUAUGUCAAUUCAGACAACACUCCGAUCAUCUUUCGUUGGAUUCCUAGCGUUUCUCUUAUAAGAUGGGCCUUUCAAGGGCUUUGCAUCAAUGAGUUUAAAGGUCUUCAAUUUGAUUGUCAGCACUCAUUCGACGUUCAAACUGGAGAACAGGCACUCGAACGACUCUCGUUUGGUGGAUGCCGUAUUAGGGAUACGUUGAUAGCUCAAAGUAGGAUACUUAUGUUCUGGUAUUAUACCACAUACCUUCUCCUAGAAAAAAACAAGCCCAAGUACCAGCAGCUUGAGCCACUGCCCAAACUAUUAAUCGAAACCUUUGAUAACGACAACUUGCACCCAACCGAACACCAGGGAGAUCUACAAAUCAAAACCUUUGAUAAUGACAACUUGGACAAAACUCAACCUGAGGGAGAUCUACAAAUGGAAACCUUAGAUAAUGAAAACUUGGAGAAAAUCCAACCAGAGGGAACCUUAGGUAAUGAAAACUUGGAGAAAAACCAAGCAGAGGGAGACCUACAAAUCAAUUCCUUUGACAAAGACAAUAUGGAGAAACCCCAACCCGAGGAACCUCCAUCUCUCGAAAAAGUUGAACCGAAGGACGACGAUACUGAAACACCCCAAAUCGAUCAAAUCCGACCAUUUAUUCUAGAAGGUGCUAAGUAAGGAGAUAUGAUGGCAAAUAAAUGGAGGGCCCUGUUGCCUUACUUAAGCUAAUAAGCUUGUUCUUACUUCUUAGUUGUAGAAUGUGAUACAAUGCAGUUAUUUUUGCAUUCAAUGCACAUAUAAUUGAGUUGUGAAAAUUAAUGUGUAAUAACAAUGAUAUAAUUUUGAUGAGGUUUUCAUUUUGGAGAAGAUGAAGGAUGAUGACAUGUGGUUGGACAGCAAUGGAUGAAUUGUGCAUCAUCAUCAUGGCAUCUUUCACUCCAAAGUAUAAACUUUUAACACUUUUUAACCCAAUUAGCAGGUUAGUACCAAAUUGCUUCUUUAAAUAUGCUGAAUUCCACUUUUCUUUUUCUAAGUUUAUAGUGGAUUCUGCACCGUCUGAUGUCUUCUUUUUUUUCCCAUUGAAACAUGAAAUCUACUAUUUUGGGUUUCUCAAAAUAAAUGAAUAAAAAGUUAGAUGUGACUUUUA